AUGGGAGAUUUUUUUGCGCCUAAAAAGAAAGAUGUUGUUGACAAACUUCGUCAAAGGCUAGCCCGCUACCGGCAUCACCAUUUGGCGACAGCAGACCGUUAUCUCCUGGCCAGACAGGGCAUCUACGAACAGCAGAAGCAAGAUACACUGUUGCUACGACAGCGUUGCUUGGAGGGUAAGGCAAAGAAAGUCAAACAAUCAAAAACUGGUAGGGACAGCAAUUCCCAAAGUGAUCACAGGAAUCUGGUUGUAACC